AUGCCAACCGCAGCCGACGUUCCACUUCUAUACGAGGCCCUUCAGCGCAUACACGUGUUUCCAGGGAUGUUGGGUAGUCUUGAUUGCACACACUGGGAAUGGGCGGCAUGUCCAACCGCUUGGAAAGGGCAACAUCAUCGUGGUGACCACGAUGGUCCUACCCUAAUGUUACAAGCGGUCACUUCUCAAGAUAAAUGGAUUUGGCAUGCGUACUUUGGCAUGGCUGGUGCAAACAAUGACAUUGCAGUUUUAGUGUCCUCGAAUCUUUUCGACGAUGUCAUAAACGGGGUUGUACCAGAUACUUCAUUCUAUGCAAACGACAUGGAGUAUAAGUAUGGCUACUAUCUCACAGACGGUAUUUAUCCCGAGUGGGCGACGUUGGUAAAAACACUUUUGCGUCCAGAUGACGAAAAAAGAUUUUAUUUCAAGAAAAAACAAGAGUCAGCAAGAAAAUAUAUCGAGCGGGCUUUCGGUGUGUUAAAAAAAAGAUGGUCUAUCAUCGCCCAGCCGUCGAGGAUACUUGAAAAAAGUAAAAUAAGAAACAUCAUGUAUAUGUGUAUCAUUUUGCAUAACAUGAUAUUGGAGGAAUCGGGUAGAGCGUUUUAUGGAGAAAGCUAUGAUGAAAGUAACCAACCGACGAACCCAAUACUAACAUACGCUGUGAAAGAAGCUAUCCGAGCGAAGAUACAGGCUAGGAACACACACCAUAACCUUCGAGCCGAUCUGACCGAGCACCUAUGGUUUUAUCGUGAACAAGGAGGAGUCGACGAAGAUGACGAGUUAUAA